AUGGGAGAGGCCCCUUUAAGGGCCUCCGGAGGGGCGUGGCCCGAGCCGGAAGGGCAGCCGGGACACCUGGGGCUGGCCGUGGAGCCCCCUGACGGCGGCAUGGCGGAGGCGGAGCCCCCGGCGCCCACCUGCCGCUUCUACCUGGAGGGGCGUUGCCACUUCGGGGCCCGCUGCCGGCUUCCGCACCCCGGAGCCGAGGCUGGGCCGGGGCCGCCGUUGGGCCCGCCCCCGGGCAAGAAAGCCCCCAUGAAGACGGCUCGGGCGGUGAUCGACCGCAUCCGCUGGGACCAGCAGCUGGACCCGGCCGACUUCUCCGUGGGCUACGUGGACCGCUUCCGCGGCGUCUUGGAGGAGCCCUUCACCGCCUUCUGCUGGGACCAGGACCUGGCCGCGCUGGGGCCCGGGGUACUGGCGGUGCCCCAGCACCGCAUCCGCUACUUCCGACACCGCGGCCGCCUCGUGUGGGACCGCGCCUCCCGAACCGACCUCGUCUUCGGCUCGGCGGCCGGCCGCGGGACCACCAUUCUGGACGGAGCCACGGAGGCCGGAGAGGCCGGAGCUGCGGAGGCGGGCCCACCGGGGGAGGAUGCAGAGCCGGCGCCCGGUGCCCCUGGGGAGGACGAAGCCGCGGAACCUGGCCCACAGGGGGAGCCGCCCAGUUCGAGCGGCGGCGUAGAGAGCCAGGGACGGCCCCCCGACGGCAGCUCGGGCGUCGAGGCUGAGGACUAUGAGGAAGGCUGUCCCGGGCUGCGCCCCACACAUUUCGUAGCCCUACCGAUAGAUGACCCGGGACUGCGGCUGGCAGUGGCCAGGGCUCAGGCUCGCCUGGUGGCAGCGGAGCCCUCCGUGGCCAGCUGCCUCGUGGACCCCGACGCCCUCCACCUCACCCUGGUCUUGCUGCGCCUGGCAGGGCCCGGGGAGGAGGCCACCGCCGCGGGGGCACUGAGACGCCUGGUCCGGGCCCCCGGCUUCCACCCCCCAGAGGAGCUGCACUUCCGAGGCCUGGCUAGCUUGGACUCGAGGGUCAUCUACUCUGUACCCAGCCCUGACCUCCGGGAGCUGGCCCGAGCCGUGGCGCAGCAGCUGGAGGCCCAGGGACUGCGGGUCCUAGAGCGCCCUGGCCAGGCUCUGGGCCCGCACCUCACCUUGGCCAAAGUGCCCCGGGGAAGCCCUGGGCGCCUGUCCCUGGCGGGGGCCCACGAAGGGGCCGAGCUGGGCCGCCAGGCCGUAGAGGGGCUGGCGCUGUGCUCGGUGGGGGGCCGCAGCGCGGCCUUAGCCCAGGUCCCUCUAGAGCCCUCCCGGGGCCCCGAGAAAGCAGAGCCGGGAGAGGCGCUCGUUCUCUCUCUCUCUUCUUUUCGCUUUAAUUAACUUUCUCUUAUUCUCAAACCGUGCUCAGCACUCCUCGGUGGCAGGGAAGGAGGGGGAGG